CAACAUCCAAUCCCCUCUAUUUAAACCCCCCAAUUGUUCACCAUUUUCAAACCCCCAAUUUCAUGCCUAACCUCUUCUUCUUCUUCUUCACUCAGAUUCCACCACUAAACUCUUCACACCUUUUUCUAGGGCUCCUUCUUUUCCAUUAAGAUCCGGGUUCCUGGAUACACUUUUAAAAUGAUGCAGCAUGAGAUGGAGUCGCAGAUUCAUUACCUUGAGCAAAUAGCUUACAGUUCGGUGCUACGAGCUUUCAAAGCACAGUCUGAUGCCCUUUCAUGGGAAAAGGAAGGAUUAAUAACAGAGCUUCGAAAAGAGCUGCGAGUUUCUGAUGACGAGCAUAGAGAAUUGCUCUCAAAGGUAAACACCGAUGACAUCAUCAUAAGGAUCAGGGAAUGGAGGACUUCUGGUGGGACCCGCAGUGCAAUGAUUAACGUUCCUCAAUCUAUCCACGACCCGAUUCCACUGAGUCCAACUGUUUCAGCCUCUAGGAAGAGGCAAAAGACGUCUAUGCCCCUGUCUUUACCUACUCAGUCUUUUCCUGGCUUGGGAAGUGGAAUUCAAACUCCUAAACCCUCCCCAAGGUACCCCUUAAUGGGUCGAACCCCACGCGGAAUGCUUUCGAAUCAUGGUUCUGCUGUUAUCCCUUACACGAAUGAAACAAGUGAUGUCGGUACAAAGGAUCCAUUGAUUGGGAAGAAACUAAGAACUAGAUGGCCCGAUGACAAUAGCUUUUAUGAGGCUGUCAUUGUUGACUGCAAUACGCAGGGACGGCAUCGUUUGCUUUAUAAUAAAAAUACACCACAGGAAAGCUAUGAAUGGGUUAGUCUCAAGGAGAUUCCUCCAGAGGAUAUUCAAUGGAUAGGUGAGGAUCCGGGAUACCAUCAAGUUAGUCAUGGUGGGCCCCAUGGAUACAGUAAUCAAUUGAGCCAUGGAGGUGGAAGGGGUAGUAGAGGGAACUCGAAGGAACAAUCUAGAAAAGGAUACCCACCGCCCUUGCAGAACGGCGAUCAUAUGAAGGCUUCAGAUGAAAUAGAGAUACUUCACACCGACACUCUUAUAAAAGAGGUGGAAAAGGUGUUUGAUGCUACUCAUCCUGAUUUACUUGAGAUCGAAAAGGCAAAGAAAAUGCUCAGGGAACAUGAACGAGCACUGAUUGAUGUCAUUGCGAAGCUUGCUGAUGCAUCUGACAGCGAUAGCGGUGGAGAUCAACGAUUCAUGCAUGGGCAAGCAAUGGAUGGGGAAGUGGGAGCCCGGAGCCUAAUACAGUAUGGAAGCAAUCAGUAUGGUACGGGGAUGGGCAUGCGAGGAACUGAUAACCAAGCGGAGGAGUAUGUGGAUAUCAUCUAGUUGUUGCAUACUUGCGGAAUGAAACCGACCCCCUUUUCCACCUGUAAAGCUCGAUCUCUUCUAACUUUAAAAGAACAUAUCCAGAAUUAGGGUUUUAGUUUGGGUGCGGGAUUUUGUUUGUUGAAGAACAUUGAUUGUAUAGACGGUAUGGUACCAUAGAAGUAGAAGAAUCGCACAUACUACUAACAUUCAAAACUAUGGCGGCGUUGUAGGUCUCAGUUUCAUCAUGCUAGCUUUCUAUGUCUACAAUUCAUAAUAAUAUGUCCCAAAUGAUACAAAACAACUAGUCUUUC